CUCUCACUGAAGUAAUGGAUUGAUCAUGCUUUCAAAAUAAGCGUGUUGUGAUUGGUCUUUGCAUUUGAAAAAAAUCCUCCAUCUACAAAGUUCUGAUGGAGUUAUUUUUGAUGUGGAGUUAGCAAUUGCUAAGCGCUCAGGAAUGAUAAAAGCAAUGAUUGAAAAUUUAGGUUUACAGGACUUGGAAGAGGAAGAGGCUCUUCCUCUAACCCAAAUUAAGUCUGAUAUUUUAGAAAUGGUUAUUAAAUUCGCUACUCAUCAUAAAAAUACUCAAUUAGAAGAAGAAGGUGAAAGCAGAAGACAAAUGACAGAAUGGGAUAAAGAAUUUUUUAAGGUUGAUUUACGGACACUUCUAGAACUUAUCCGUGUAGCUAAUUAUUUAGACAUGGAAGAUUUGUUAGAUUAUGCAGCUGAAGCAGUAAGCAAGGCGUUUGCAGGAAAAUCUCCAGACGUUAUAACAGAAACUUCGAUAUCCGCUGAUCCGAAUCAACCAGAAGACAGUCCUCCACUCAAGCCGUCAAGAAGAAGAAGCUCCUCCACGUUCUCCUCAUCUGAUUAAUCAUGCUAAUGCCUCUUUUUAACAAUUAGAUGAAAAAU